UAAAUUCUCAAAUAUAAAUUAUGUAAAAGUAUACAGAAUCUUCUAAAGUAAAUCCCUAUGAAGUAGGAGAAAACGUUGAUUAUGAUAAAUUAAUAAGUGAAUUCGGAUGUUAAAAAAUAUAAUAAGAAAUGAUUGAUAAGAUUGAAAGAUUAACAGGAAAAAAAUGUCAUCAUUUCUUAAGAAGAGGUAUUUUCUUUUCUCAUAGAGAUUUAGAUAUAAUUCUUAAUAAAUAUGAAAGAGGAGUUCCUUUUUAUUUAUAUACUGGAAGGGGACCUUCAUCUGAAUCUAUGCAUUUAGGACAUUUAAUGCCUUUUUUAUUUACAAAAUACUUAUAAGAGGCAUUUAAUGUACCUUUAGUUAUUUAAUUAACUGAUGAUGAGAAAUUUUUCCAUAAAGGAGAUUUUUCUUUAGAAAAAUAUUAAAAAUUAGCAAUUGAAAAUGCCAAAGAUAUAAUAGCAUGUGGAUUUAAUUUAGAUUAAACUUUUAUUUUUAGAGAUACAGAUUAUAUGGGAUAAAUGUAUCCAAAUGUUUGCAAAAUAUAGAAGGCAAUAACAUAUAAUUAAUUAAAAGGUAUUUUUGGAGUCUCUCCAAGUGAUAAUUGUGGAAAAUUCGCUUAUCCAGCAGUUUAGGCAGCUCCUUCUUUAUCGACUUCUUUUCCUCAUAUAUUUGGGAAAAGAAACGUAUUAUGUUUAAUUCCUUAAGGAAUAGAUUAAGAUCCUUAUUUCAGAAUGACAAGAGAUGUUUAAUAUAAAUUAAAAGUACCGAAAUGUUGUUGUAUACAUAGUAAGUUCUUCCCUGCUUUGUAAGGAUUUUAGACUAAAAUGGGUUCUAGUAAUCCUAAUAGUGCUAUUUUUUUAACUGAUACUCCUAAGUAAAUUGCUGAUAAAAUAAAUAAGUAUGCUUUUAGUGGAGGUAGAGCUACAAAAGAAGAAUAGGAAAAAUUAGGAGCAGAUUUAAAUGUAGAUAUACCUUACCAUUAUUUAAGGUUCUUUAUGGAAGAUGAUGAAAGAUUGGAAUAAAUUAGGAUUGAUUAUGGAACUGGAAAAAUGCUAAGUUCGAAAGUUAAGUAAGAGCUUAUUAAAAUUCUCACUGAUCUUGUUUUAUCACAUUAGGUAAGUAGAAAAAAUGUUACUGAUGAAAUUGUUUAUAAUUAUAUGAAAGUUAGACCUAUUAAUGUUAAUAUUCCUCCAACAUUAAUUAAUGAUCCUUUACCUGAAGACACGACAAACAAUUAAAUUUAAAAAGGUACUUAAUAAAAAAAUAAAAAAGAUUAAGAAAAAGACAAAGUAAAAAAUAAUUAAGAAAAGUGAAUAUUUUUUUAUUUUCUUUUAUUAUUAUAUUGAUUAAUAUUAUUUUAUUUUUAAUUUUUUAUAUUAAAUAAAAUAAAAAUCUAAUGAAGAAAA